AUGACAGCUUCGACCACCACCAUGGCUCGAAACGCAAUCAAUGUCAUUAGUAACGGCGUUGUUCCAGUGACCAAGACGGACACGAAUGGGAGCUUUCAUCGCCAAACCGCGUCCCGGACGAUUGAUUCCACAACCGCACCUUCAGCUCAAGACUGGAGUGGCUGGUGGGCAAUCCUGUCGAGAGAGCUGUACUCUGAGAAUAUCACAGCAAAGAUCAUUCAAGUUGCGGAGAAAUGUUUAGAAAAUAAUAACCCUCCGACGCUCUAUCCCGAGCUUGUACGCCAGUCCGGGGAAGAUGAGGGUAAAUACAGCCAUCGACCCGUGGACUUCUGGACAUGUGGCUUUUUCCCCGGUAGCAUCUACGCGCUCCUCGAGAGGGCCACCCGAUAUCCCCAGAGCAUGCGCCUCAGCGACUCACGGCUUCUGCUGAGCCAGGUUCGCGACAGGCUCGAGGUCCUGGGCAGGCAGUGGUCAGAACCCCUUCACCGUAUGGCCCACCGGACCGACACCCAUGACUUGGGCUUUAUGAUUCUGCCUCACAUGCGGGUUCGCUGGGAACUCCUUCACGACAGGGUAGCGCUUGAGAGCAUUCGAACUGCUGCCGUCAGUCUGUACUCCCGCUUUGACGCACGUGUCGGCGCCAUCCGCUCUUGGGAUUCCCUCACCUGGCAGAGAGGUGUCAAUAUCAGAGACAAGAAGGACAACUUCCUUGUGAUUAUAGACUCUCUCUGCAAUCUCGAGCUUCUCUUCUAUGCGGCUGAGCACACGGGAUAUGGCUACCUGGCUGAGGCGGCCACUGCCCAUGCGAAGACGCUGCUCAGGACCCAUCUCCGGAAAGAACCCACUCGCAAAAGAGACGGCUACGACGGCAUGUUAUACAGCACCCGUCAUGUGAUCAACUUCUCACCUGCCACUGGGGACGUCAAAGAGAUUCAUACCGCCCAGGGAUAUACUCCGGAAUCUACAUGGUCCCGCGGCCAGGCUUGGGCUAUUCUCGGUUACACCCAGACCUACGCACGGAUCGGAAACGACAUCUUCCUCGAUGCCGCAUGUGGCCUUGCCGAGUACUUCCUGUCGAGAUUGGAGGAUGCACCGGCCUGUGUUGAGAUCCUUCGAUCAGACGGAGAUACCUCUAGACCUAUAAAGGCUGGUAGAUACGUUCCGCGGUGGGAUUUCGAUGCUCCCAUUGAGGAUACAAAUGCUCCACUGCGGGAUGCUUCGGCCGGCAUCGUGGCUGCUUACGGCAUGCUCCUACUGGCACAGACUUUGAUGUCGCUCGGUCGCCAGGAGCAAGCGAAACGUUACCUGGGCAGCGCAUUGAGGAUAGUCGAAGACACUCUGAACCUCUCCAUGUCACGAGAACGAGUACGCCUCGAGUCUCAUCCAAACGGUGGUGUGACCGCGACUGCUUGCGAGCCCCUGCAGAAACAUUUUGACUGCAUCCUGAGGAACUCGACUGUGACCUGGAACGAGCACAGCUUGAGCGCCAGUGCUGACCACGGGCUUGUGUAUGCUGAUUAUUACUUGAUCGAGUUUGGGAACAAGCUGUUGCAACUGGGGCUGUGCUCACCUUUGAGAUAG